UAAAUGCAUCAUGGAUUACAAAUAAACCAUGCCGAUAGAAACUUCGAGUGUGUGAACCUGUCUAUAUAAUGUGCUGACUCGACCGAAGGAUGUCGUGGUGCACAGCAAUCCAUCAAUCGGCAAUUUCAACAAUAUCUCCUUUAUACCACGUCUCUCACAAGAACAGACACCAAGGAACAAAUUGCUCGCGAAAUCUCCGAUAUCAAUAUGCCAUCCUACUUGGUGACAGGCGCCAAUCGUGGCCUUGGAUACGGUUUCGUGAAGUAUCUGGCCCAAAAUCCAGAGAAUACCAUCAUCGGGAUUGUCCGCGACAAAGCUGCCGCAGACAAGUCUGUCGCUGCCGAUGGCCUCAAGAAUGUCACCAUGAUCCAGGCCGAAGUCGCCGACCACAAGUCGCUGUUGACCGCCAGAGAAAAAGUGGCUCAAAUUACCGGUGGUUCGCUGGACUACUUGAUCAACAAUGCCGCCCUCAUCGACACAACAACUCAGGGCAAGGGUCUGGACGACUUCGAAGAUGCACCCGACGUCCUGGACAAGGGGCUGGUCGACUCUUUCAACGUCAAUGUCGUGGGAGUGAUCCACGUCAUCAACGUCUUCCUUCCGCUCAUCAAGAAGGGAUCUGCAAAGAAAGUCGUUCUCAUCUCCAGUGGAAUGGCGGAUCCGGAUCUCGUCAACUCCGGGGUCUUUGCCGAUGGCCCUUACACCAUCAGCAAGGCUGCGGCGAAUAUGGCGGUCUUCAAAUAUAACGCAAAAUACAAGAAGGAAGGCAUUUUGUUCUUUGCACUGUCACCCGGAGUGGUGGCAACCUGGCCGGAGGGAGAAGAAGAGCCCCCAGUGAUCGCAGAAUUCAGGAAGAACGCUCCGGGGUGGAAAGGUCCUCUGACUCCACGAGAAUCAGCCGAAGCCUGCCUGAAGGUGAUACAUGAUUUCAACGCCGAAGAAAACGGUGGCUCUUUUGUGUCUCACCACGGUAACAAGCAGUGGUUGUGAGAUUGUGGGAGAACAGGUGGUUUGAACAAUAAAACGUCCUCAUUCCUGCACUUCUGAGCCUUGCCGGUUGAUCUUCGGCAUCACACUUCG